AUGUUGGCAGUUAAGCAUUACAGCAUCAGGAGGGAUGCGGAGUACAAAAUAGUAGAGAGUGACCAUUUGAGGUACAAUGCACGAUGUAUCCAGUUCGGACCCGGUUGUAAUUGGAGCAUACUCAUAUCAUAUCACCGAAAGCAAGAAAGGUGGGAGGUUAGGAGAUACACUGGUCCUCAUACUUGCAUGCAAACUUUGGUGGGGCAAGAUCAUCAUAGGUUGGAUUCGAAGGUGAUUGCGCAACACAUUUUCACGAUGGUCAAGGCCGAUCCAACAAUCAACAUCAGGGUUCUACAAGGAGGUGUGGAGAAUCACUUUGGUUACAAGGCAUUCUACAGAAAGAUGUACUUGCCAGGUACUUGGGUGCAACUAAUGACACAGCCCUGGCCUGCCUCCACCGACACUGUGAUGUUUCGUCGGGUCUUUUGGACGUUUCCACCGUGUGUUGAGGCCUUCAAGCAUUACAAGCCACUUAUCUCCAUUGAUGGCACCCACCUAUAUGGUAAAUACGGUGGAACUUUGUUGAUGGCCAUAGCGCAAGAUGAAAAUGCAAACAUUCUGCCAAUUGCAUUUGCAGUUGUUGAGGGUGAGACAAAGGAGGCGUGGUUGUUCUUUCUUUCGUACCUACGAUAG